CCUAUCAGGUAUCGCAAUUACUUCGAGGUCUUCUAUCCAACCUUGCCGAUCCUCAACCAGGAACGAUUUUUUUCUGAGAAUGCUCGUGAUCCCAACCAUCCUCCGACAAAAUGUUUAAGAUAUGGGGUGGCACUGAUGGACUCGAUGGUGCCUGGCGUGCAAGAUCGUGCCGUACAGGAUCAAUAUUAUCAUCUCGCGCGCCAUGCUUAGUGUUUAUCCUUCGAUACGAACUCAAUGACCCGCAGCUUACGCGUGCCUGGAUGACUCUUGGUCGUGCAAUCCGACUGGCGCAGGUACUAGAUCUGAAUCACCUUGAUCACCUGGCUUCAAUUUGCCGGAGUACCUGGGAUCUUUAUUCGCCGUUGCCAACAACACAAGAGCAGGCUGCGUUGUAUAUUUUGGAAACCUAUACCAGUAUGCGAGCCGGCACACCGUGCCACAUCGAUCUGGCCCAAGUACGUCUUUGCCUUAAUCUCGCCUCGCCCGGUGAACUAGGCCCAGACUUCGAAGAUGCACAUAUGCCCCUCCUAACCGAGAACGUCAAUCUUACGCCCGCCACACACAUCACAUCCUACAGCGGACUCGUUCUGAUGGCAACACUCAGUAGACAGUGCAUGCGGCACGUCAUGCAAAGCACGAUCGCAGAACCGGACUCGCCACCUUUGAGGCCAGGCUUCUGGGACCGCCACUACGCUCUCAGCCAGGCAAUCAACGACCGAAUGACUGUUCUGCAUGCACACCUCAGUGCAAAGGCCUCGCGCGCGCACCCGGCCGCCUUUAGCUUACUUGUCAAUCUCUGCGCCUUAGAUCUGUAUCUCCACGAAGCAGCCAUCGCCCAGGCUGACCGGCAGGACUUGACCCCGUCUGUAGUCGCCGAGUCGCGACGGAGAUGUUCGGUGGAUGCGCUCAAGAUUGCUAGCACUAUUAGGAUAAGUUAUCCGGUUUCCCGCAGGGAUGGGGAUAUCCUUACUCUACAACGGACGUUUAUUGGGUGGCCAUUGGUGAUGAGCAUGAGGGCGUUGUGGCGGGAGCUGCGCACGGCGACGGACCUGACGGCGGAUGGUGUCGCGGGGUCGCUGAGAUUUUUGUCUGAUGUAUUAGAUGCGAUUGAGGGGGAAAACGGAUACUGGCAUCAUCAUGUAGCUGGGGUGGGUGUGACCUUGCAGAGGUGGGAGGAGGAACAUGAUGGGUUUGGGAGUCUCUUGCGGCAACAGGAUACAAAGACAUCAAGAUUAGACACUAGACGGGGAACUUGA